AUGGAUCUCAAAGACUUGCAACUGCUUGCCAACAAGAAGCACGACCUGCUCCACGCUGCCCAAGAGGCGAGAAAGCUGUCCUAUUCGCCGUACAGCAAAUUCCGUGUAGGAGCCGCCCUCUUGACCAAAUGGGGUGAAAUCAUCCUCGGAGCCAACUACGAGAACGCUUCGUACGGUGGGACCGUCUGCGCAGAACGCACCGCUCUCGCAAAGGCACUCAUCCGCUCUGACCAGCUCGAUGUGGCCGAACAGAACUCGGCGCGCAAGAUCGAACGUGGUGACAUCAUAGCCGUAGCGGUGGCAAGCGAUCUCGAAGGCAGCUGCAGUCCCUGCGGUUUCUGUCGACAAGUGAUUCGAGAGCAUUGCAGCUUGCAAGCUCGCAUCUUGAUGGUGGGGUGCAAUUGGAGCAAGGCGUCGGCUGCAAAGACGAUUCAGUCAACAGUCAAAGACGAAGGUGGGAAGGAACUCAACGAGCCUAACGUUGAGGUGGUGACACUCGAUUAUCUCUUGCCGAUGAGCUUCGGUCCGGAGGAUCUGGACAAGCCGAGGCAUUCAUAG